AUGCACGGGGCGUGCGGUUACAUUUUGAAGCGGCCGGCGGCGGGCCGGCGUCGCUACUGUGCCCGAGGGGCUGAGGGUGGUGACAGGACAGGAAGUACGCGACGCGCGCAGCCUGCGCAAACAUCGGAUAUUCGCAUCGCGUCACGACGCUUAAACACAAAAGGCAAUUCAUCCCUGCGCCCUUUGAAAGACGGCGACUAA